AUGCAUCGUCGACUCACGACGCAUAAACAUUUGCUAAAGGCUUUGCAUACGCUUAAACCAAAAUAUCAAAGAGCAUUACUUAAAACGUGUGAUGAAGAAGAAAUUAACUGUAUUUGUGAGUCUAUUCAUAACAAACAAGGAAAAGUACCUCUUAAAGAUCAAGAUAAACAAAAAUUGAAUAAACACAAAAAUAUACUCCGUAAACUAGUGCGGGAUCGUCAACCACUCAGAUUACCAAUUUAUUCUGAUACACUUAAUGAAGAUUCAAAUAAGUCUAAAAUUGGAUUUAAAAAUAAAGAUAGAGAUCUAAAAACUACAGUUGAUGCUGAAUCAAUGUUGGAGGAGAAUAGAUCCAUUGAAAGUAAAGAAAAUGAUGAAAAUCCGCUUUACACACCAGCUCAAAUACUCAGUUUAAUACCAAAAGCUUAUAAUAAAAAAGGACAGUUAUUAUUAAACUUAGUUGAAACAAGUAAAAGUAAAAUACAUUGGGAUAAUGAAGGUACAGUCAUAAUUGAUAAUGAAAAAAUUCCUGGAAGUAAUAUUAUUGAUUUAAUAAAUGAUUCACUAAAACCCUUAAAAAGAAGUGAUCCAGUAGGGUGGGAUAGAUUUGCUGAAGCAUUAAAAGAUACUAAAGUACCACUUACUUAUAUUGGAAAUCCAAAGAGAUGUGAGUUUAUUAACCAACUUCAAGCAAAAGAUCUGAAGAAACCCUCAGAGAUUGACGUUCAUGAGUUUUUUUACACCGAGUAG